AUGGCCCAAGGGAUGUCUGCUGAAGAAGCCUUCUACGAUCCUCCACCGCCUUAUCCAUCCCAAGAACGACGCUCACGCGCGACUCGACAUAGUCGGAGGCAUCGCUUACCAGCGCCAUUAUCACCGCAGCCUCCACCAGAUUCAGAUCGUACUUCGGGAUAUAUUUCCCCUCAAUUAUCAGUUUCAACUCAUUCGUUCCCUCGGAAUGAGGAUGCCACAGAGCAAACGCCACUACUUGGUGAUUUUCUGCCAGGCUCCGCCCAACGUUCGUCGGGGCGCCAGAGGACAUAUUCGCAGUCGAGCACAAUUGUUUCGUCCAAUUCGUUUGCGCCCUCUCUAGCGCAAACAGUGCUUUCCCUGCUCCAUUCUGAUCCAGAUAUCGAAUCUGACGUUGACAUAUAUGAGGCGAUCGGGGAUGACCGUGACUACCCCUCGCACCGGUGGUCGCCGUUUUCGCGGCGCUUCUGGUCUCGUUACUUCCGACCCAUGACUCGCAGAGCAUACCAUGCAGCCGUAUUCCACCUUCUAGUGCUCAAUUUUCCCUAUGCCCUGCUUGCAUGGGUUUACCUUUUUGUAUUUACUUUGACUGGUACAACAUUAUUAAUUGCCUUACCUUUGGGUGCUCUCCUAUGUUUCCUCAAUUUGCUCGGUGCCAGGGUAUUUGCAAGAGGAGAACUCGCUCUCCAAACAACAUUUCAUGGGCCUCUUGCUUACCCACUUCCACAUCCGCCCCUGCCUAUCUUCCAGCGGGUGCGACCACCGCAAUUGUCUGACGUGGAGUCAGGGUCACCGUACCACGAAUCCUCAUUCUACAAAAACACGAUAGCCAUGUUCACGGAUUGGACAUCCUAUCAGGCGUUAUUUUAUUUUUUGGUUAUCAAACCAAGUAUCACUUUGUUUCUAACCAUCCCUCUGCUGGUAGUGGUCCCCGUGUCGUAUGUGUUGGUGUUUCCCGCCCCAAUAGUUCUUAGAUUUGUUCGCAAGCUGGGAAUAUGGCAGGCCAAUGUUGCUGUAGAAGGGUUAUACUUGGCGGUGUCGUGA